AGAGAGACCACAGGUGUGUGUGUGAGACCGGUGUCACUGUGUUAGGGAGUGUAACUGUGUGUGUUGCAGGUACAUGGUGCACCGGCUGCUGCUGGCGGCUCUGGGUCGGCGGGAGCUGGACGACAGGGAUCACUACGGCAACAAGAGGCUGGACCUGGCUGGGCCGCUGCUGGCCUUCCUGUUCAGAGGCAUGUUUAAGAACCUGCUGAAGGAGAUCAGGAUCUAUGCACAGAAGUUCAUCGACAGAGGGAAGGACUUCAACCUGGAGCUGGCCAUCAAAACCCGUAUCAUCUCGGACGGCCUGAAGUACUCUCUGGCCACGGGGAACUGGGGAGACGUGAAGAAGGCUCACCAAGCCAGAGCUGGAGUGUCUCAGGUGUUGAACCGCCUGACCUUUGCCUCCACACUGUCUCACCUCCGCCGACUCAACUCUCCCAUCGGCAGAGACGGAAAACUGGCCAAACCUCGACAGCUGCACAACACACUGUGGGGGAUGGUGUGUCCGGCUGAGACGCCUGAGGUACACAAAACAUCACAACAUACACCCUGA